AUGCGGCCAAGCUCAGUGGUUGCAAUCAGUUUCUUGUGGUUAUCCAAUGUGGUGCUAGCGCAUGGAGGGUUUGUGGAGAACGUUUUAUUCACAGCGAAGCAUGGCAACAAGCCGCUGCGAUGCUCUCAGUCAUGUAGGUUGUACGCCAAAGAGCAAACAAAGAAAGCGAGCAUGCCCGUGAAAGUGAUAGCAAAUGUGGAGCGCUCAAUGAGCGUGAAGCGAUUCACAGGGGAGGUGCAAGCAGACAUCUCUUCUUGGAAGACUAACUACAGCUUUCCUCGCCUGGACAGAUACAGCAGCCCCGACGACCUCCUUGAAAACGUGAUGCCGAUCCUGAUGGACAAAAGCUACAGCAGCUCUCCUCUUGCGGGCAAGAACGCCGCGUACGUUCUCAACAAGAUCCGAGGAGCCAACGCAACCUCCGACAGCUUUUGGUCCAUGCGCGCAAGUCUCGUCCAGGUUGUCCGGCAGCAUGCGCGGGAGCUCCCGCUCAAGUCCCUCGCCCUCGCCCUCAACGCUGUGAAGGAGAACCUGACGCAGGCUGAUAUGGAUCUGUUCAAGACUGCAUGCGUAGCUGCAACAGACAACCUGCGGGAGCUAAUGGAUGAGGAGGCGAGCUCGCAGUCCAUCGCCAUGAUGCUCAACUCGCUGGCCAGGAGCUCUUGCUCGUCCGAGGCCUUCGCGUCAGCUUUCUUUCAACAGGUCGCGGAGGAGAUGAUGAGGGAGAAUAGGAUCGCAGUGCGCGACUCUCAGGCUCUUGCCACCAUCCUCAACUCGUUCGCCUCCAUGUCCAUCUGGCCGCGCGAUCUCUUUCGCUCGCUCGGGGAGGACGCGCGGUCGAUCCAGCCGCAGGGGCACUCGCUGCAGAGCAUCGCGAUGAUUCUCAACUCGUACUCACGCUUCCUGGAGAGGAACGAGGAACUUUCGGCAUGGGACGUGAAGAAAUGUGAUCUGCUCUUCUUCGACAGCAUGGCAGAAUCCACACUCCAGCUCCUCAAGAGACUGAGAGAGCCUCCUCGAGACGCAGUUCGCUCGAUUGCUCUGAUUGUGAAUGCAUUUUCAAAGGUAGGGGUGGUCAGGAAGGAUCUAUACCUUGCGGUGGUAGAGGUCUUGAAGCGAGGAAACUCAGCUCCAUCGCGCAAGAAAGCGCUCGGACAUGCUCUGGUGGUAAGGGGGGCGCUCGUGUACGACUCGCAGGCUGUUGCCAACAUUCUAAACGCCUUUGCGCGGGCCAACGUGAAGCAUCCCUGGCUGUUCGAGGAGUUUGCCGACAUUCUCACUCAAAUGCAGUACUCCUCCUUCACCAGCCAGCACAUCGCUACCAUCCUCAACGCGUACGCGCGCACGGGGGUGAAGAGCAGGGAAGUGCUGGAGCACAUGUCGGUGGUGCUGCGGUACUGGAAGAGGUUCGGCAAGCUCACUCCCUCCCGCUUCUCUCCCCAGUCCGCUGCUCUCAUCCUCAACGCCUACUCGCGUGAGGGGGUGGAAGACAUCGCUCUAUUCGCCUCCCUUGCUGUUGUGCUGCAGCAGCACUUCGAGUCGGAGAUGUCAAAUGCGGGAGGAGGAGCAGAAGGAGCCAUAUCGUCUCAGACCGUCUCCAACAUCGUCAACGCCUGCGCCAACGCCAACUUUGAGAGCGUCGACCUGAUCAGACUGUUGACGAAUGUGGUCAUGAGGUUUCAACCUCAAGACACAAGUCUACAGCACAUUAGCUGCAUUGCUAACGGCAUGGUCAGACUGGGAAACAAGGACAGUGCGCUCUUGUCGCAUCUCGGCAAACUUGCCAUGGUGCAGCCUUCUGAAGCAUCGGCCCUUCCCCUUGCACUGAUUGCAAACGCGUUUGCAAAGGUGAGGAUGCACGUGAAGGCAGAAUUAAAAGAUUCAACUCUCUUCAGGUGGAUCUCACAACAGGCGAUGCUUCUGCCUCCCCCUGCCUUCUCCUCUCAGACCAUUGCCAUGCUCGCCAACGCCUUCGCCAAGAAUGGCGAGAGAGAUCAUGCUCUCUUCCGCCGCAUGUGCUUCUUGUGCAUGGAGAUUCCGGAUCAAGAUUUCGAUGCUCAGAGCAUCGCCAACAUCGUCAACGCGUUUGCCAAGAACACGCAGGCGUGGACUAGAUACGCAGAUGCUGCUCCUGCAGCCUACACCUCGCUCAAAACUUUGUUCCGACGUCUGGCUCGCAUAGUCACGGGUCUCUCCGAGCAGCAGUUCUCCGCGCAGGGCGUCGCGCUCAUCGUCAACGCCUUCGCCAAGCUCGGCAUGCAGGACAGCUGCAUGUUUGCUCACCUCAGCCGCGUGGCGCAGCAGAUGGGCCAGAGGAACUUCGAGAUUCCUUGCAGCCCUCAGGACGUGGUCAACAUCGUCAACGCCUUUGCCAAGGCGCACGUGCAUGACGCCGAGCUGUUCGGCCACAUGUCGCUCCUCCUCCAGGCCAUGUCUGCCCAUCAGUUCGAAGCCUCCAAGAUCGGCAUCCUGCUCAACGCAUACGCGCAGCUCAGGAUACGCGACCUCCCCCUUCUCCGGAGGCUCUCCAAGGUCGCCAUGGACAUGUCGCCAUCCGCCUUCGAUGCGCACGCGAUCGCCAACAUCUUUCAUGCUCUCGCUGUACUCAACGUGGAAGACAGCGAGCUGCUGGGGCAUGUCGCAACGACUCUCCUCCGCUCCCGGCAGACCAUGAUGCAGGCCAAAGACUUCAACGCUCAGGCACUUUCGAACAUUGCCUGGUCAAUCGCAGUCCUCAAGAUCUCCGACCCGACGCUCAAUCGAUGGAUCUGCUCGUCCUGCUUGUCGCAGAUUUCUUCCAUGGACGGCAACGCGCUCAGUCAGCUGCAUCAGUACAUCCUCGCCAUCGAGGUCGAGGGUCUCGUACCCAAGAAGGAGCUCCCGGAGCUUGACAGUCUCCUGCAGCACCGCAAAAGAAUUGAGCAGGCCUGGCACGCAACCCAGCGCGCUCUCCUCUCCUCCUCCAAACUCGCGGGCAUGCAGGGGACGAUGACCCUGACAGACAAGGGAGCAGCGGCUACGUCGGACGUCCUCCUGCCCGAUGCCAUGUCCGGGCUGCAGAGGAACGUGGCGGACACGUUGAGGGUGGUGUGGAAGGAGCUUCAAGAGCAGAGAGUGGUGGAUCAAAGUUGGACCCUUGAGGAGGAGACGAUUGAGCGCGUUACAAGCUACUCCCUAGACAUCUCGAUCGCUGCUGCUUCCUUCGCCAUCGAGGUUGACGGGCCUUCACAUUUCGCCAGAGGAAGCAAAAUACCGCUAGGUCGGACAUUGAUGAAGAGGAGGCAACUGCAGGUCAGUAAUGAAGCAGAGGAAGAAGGCAAAGAGGGAGAUCGAGGGAGGACAGGGACAGGGACAGGGACAGGGGCAGGGACAGGGACAGGGACAGGGACAGGGACAGGGACAGGGACAGGGACAGGGACAGGGACAGGGACAGGGAGAGGUAGGGGGAGGAAAGUAGGCAAGGGGAGGGGGAAGAGGGCGAUCGGCUACAAGCUCUUCUCGAUGCCGUACUGGGAGUGGCACUCGGGGCUGUCAAACGAGCAGAAGAAGAGUAAGCUAAGAACCAUCAUUGACAAGCAUGUGCUGGGCGUUGAGGAUAAGUACAAGGACACGGACAAUGGCAAUGACAUGGAUAUUCAUGUCGACUCAACAAGAAGCUACUUAGGGCCGAGCAUGUGA